UACACGUUCGUUUUGCAAAGCAGGUUGCUAAUGUGUUGUUGUUCGAAACAGAGUUCUUCUUUGAUAAAGUAGUAAUUUAAGGAUGGCCGGUGAAGAGUCAAAAGAACCGCUGUCUGAUUCAUCUGAUGAGUGUUCUGACCAGGAGCCUACUUGGAUAUACUACCGUGAUCGCCCAGAAUGGAACGAUGUCGUUCCCGUCGAAUUAAACGAAGGACCUUUUCCGGUCGUCGCUAUUGCAUAUUCCGAACGAUUUAAAGACAUUUUUAACUAUUUCCGAGCAAUUGUCUUAAAGAAUGAGAUCUCAGAAAGGGCAUUUGAGUUAACUAGUGAUGCACUUGAGCUAAAUCCAGCCAAUUACACAGUCUGGCAGUACAGACGAACUGUUCUUAAAGGAUUGGACAAAAAUAUACAAAAGGAACUGACAUUUGUAAGAAGAAUAAUUGAAGACCACCCCAAAAAUUAUCAAGUUUGGCACCAUCGCCGAGUGCUAGUAGAAUGGUCAGGAGACUCAUCUAGUGAACUUAGGCUUACAGAGAUAGUGCUAGCUCAGGAUGCCAAGAAUUACCAUGCAUGGCAACAUAGACAAUGGGUGUUAGAUACCUUCAAGCUAUUUGAUCAUGAGCUAGAGUUUGUCGAACGCCUGCUCGAAGAUGAUAUUCGCAAUAACUCAGCUUGGAACCAACGGUAUUUCGUCGUGAAACAGACAUCAGGCUUUAGCGAAGACAUUAUCAAUCGUGAAUUGACAUUUUCUGUCAACAGUAUCAAGAAGGUUUGUAACAACGAAAGCGCCUGGAACUACUUAAGAGGUAUUCUCGCGCAUUAUCCAAGUGGACUUAACGGCCAUCCAAUUGUUGAGGAACUCUGCCAAUUUUUGGACGAUAACAAAAGUGAAUCGCCGUAUUAUUUUGCUUUUUUAGUUGACAGAAUGGAAGAAUUGAUGCAGUCAGAUGGUUCAAAACGCCAAGUGCUUUUACCCAAAGCAGAUGAGAUACUUCAAGUAUUAGCAACGAAAGUGGAUCCCAUUCGCCGCCAAUAUUGGCUUUUCUUGUCUCGCUAUCUAAAUUCACAGUUUACAGAUUGAUAACGUGUUUGGCAACCCAAUAUAUCCUCUUUUCAAUGAUUUUGCUGAUUCUUUCUUGUGCUUGAUCGAUGGACUGCCCCCUUUUGUCCGUUUCCACUUCAUCCUUCGAUUUUGGAACCACACCUUGACCUGAAAUUUAAAGAUUCAUGUCAGCAGUCGUCCAAGUCGCAUAUUCAUUUUCGCUUUAAUUUUUUUCGUGCUUGACCGAGUCUAGAAUUUUUAACUUGCCUGCCGUUCUGUAAGGUCGAGGGCAACAGCGAUUUCGUAACGACGUAGUCGCGUCAAAUAAUUGGAAUGGGCGAAUUCAUUCUCCAGCUCGCGUAUCUGCUGUUUUGUGAAAGCAGUGCGCUCUUUUCUUGGUUUAUUUGAAGUUGGAUCCCCGUUACUUGAUUCUUCUGUCGAAAUAAAACUGUUUCUACGGGU